UUGUCAUAGAAUUGAAAUUUGCUUAAAAUCCAAUUAGCGUUAAUUAAAAACGCACAAAGCGGAGUCGGUAGCAUGGACGCGGAGCACCUGAAACGACUAGAAGGCAGGGAAGCUGAGUACAUCCCAGACAUACUAAAUGAAUUCAAUAAAAAGCACGCGGAUCUUCUGGUCUUUGACAGCUUCCACUCGGACAACCAAUGGCACGAGCUUUGGCUGGCCAUCUUCGGGAUCUUGGACGACGCGCAGCUAGGACACCUGCACACCCAGUGCCUCAAUACGGUAAGGAUAUUGACCCGCGACGAGUUCAGUCUGCAAACCAACUACAUCGAGCAUGAGGUCAGCCAGCUGCUUAGGCUGGCCCGCGUCGAGGCCAGCUCCCUCAAGCUGCCAGCCACCCCCGACGAGCUCAAGCAGCAGGAGGAAGGUCAGCUGCAGCUACAGGAGCAGCCCAGCUUGGCCCAGUCGGACAUUAUAGCCGAAGCCCUAAAAUGCUUGUGCAAUUUGGUCUACCAGAGUGCGGACUGCCGUCGGCAGUGCCUGCGCCAACACUGCCUGGAUGCCAUCCUAAAGCGGGUGGCUUCCUCAAUGCGUCAUCCCUGUGCUCUCGAGUACUACGACAUGAAGCUACUGUUUUUGCUCACAGCUCUGGAGCCAGCGGCCCGCACCCGUCUCCAAAUCGAUCUCAACGGCCUCACCUACAUGACCAAGUGGCUGGAUGACAAGCUGGCCGAGCCCAGCUGCAGCGAGGAGCAGCUCAACAUCAUCUGCGAGCUGCUCAAAGUGAUGUUUAAUGUGACCAGUGCACCGGAUAAGAGUCCCAACGAGUACGAGAUCCAGAGCUUGCAUCUGACCGGAGUGCUCAGGGAGCUUCUGCUCCGUUUCGGAAAGAUGGCCACCGACAAGGAGCGCUCGGUGGUCACGCAUACCAUCAAUCUGCUUACCAACAUCUCCAGCAGCUGCCUCAUCGAACUAACCAUCAAGUGCAGUAAUGCCGAGGAGCAGCCCAAGAAGGUGGUGGAGGGUGUGGCAAAGGCAAAGCCGGCCAAAUGCUGUGCUCUUUGCUUCGAGAAACGCAAUGUGCGCUGUUUGACCGUACUCCUUAACUAUCUGCGGCAAGCCUUGGCCCAGCAAGAGGCCGAGGCCAGCUCCCAUGAGCUGCUCUCUCCGGUGCUAACCGUUCUGGUGAAGUGCUCCCGCAGCGAUCGCGUUAUGCGUCACUAUCUGAGGCAGGAGAUCUUACCGCCACUGCGUGAUGUUAGCCAGCGUCCGGAGAUUGGCCAGGAGCUGCGAAAUCACCUUUGCCGCUUCCUUACGCUGCCCGCAAUGAUCUUGCGCGACCUCGCCGCUGAGCUGCUCUUUGUCCUCUGCAAAGAAGACGUAGGCCGGAUGAUCAAGUACACGGGAUAUGGCAAUGCGGCUGGCCUGUUUGCCAAACGUGGCAUACUCGACUGCCGCCGCGUGGAGGGCGCCGACUAUUCAUCGGACAGCGAGGACAGCGACACCGAGGAGUACAAGAAGCACCAGCAGGGUAUUAAUCCUGUUCUCGGCUGCGUGGAACCCAAAUCCAAGCAUAACCCGCUGGACGACAUGACCGAGGAGCAGAAGGAGAGCGAGGCGCUCCAGCUGGUCAAUCUCAUCGAGCAGCUCCGCCAGGGGGGUAUAGUCAAGCCCGCACUCAUCGACAAGGAUGGUAAGCCGCAACCGCUGGAACACAUUCUGCAGCUCCAGGAGGAACUGCCGCAGCAGCAGCUUGAGCAGAAGCGCAAAACCUAAGCAGUAGCAUAGCCUGCAUAAUGAUAUCGAUGAUGUCAUAGCCCAAAUUGAAAUCGAUUUAACUGCACCUGCCUGCAAUCGGUAGAUAACUGCUAAGCUCGAUUAUAUUAUCGAUACCUUUGCGUGGAAUAGGUCCCAAGCAGAGACGUGGGGCUCAUUUCACAGCACUUCCAUCGUUCGCUUCGAAUCGAAAACAAAAUGCAUAACAAUCGUUGGGGUCUUCCAGCUUGGUGCCGGGGCGGGGGACGGGGUUGGGGCAGAUGGGGCCUCGCAGGGUAGUGGCAGAUCAACAAACAGAAACAAAAACAAAUACCAAAACGGCAAUCUUUUAUAUAUACACAACUGAUCCACAAAUAGAUCAAUAGACAAAUUUGACUAAUCUUUGUAAUAGUUAAGUGCAUGUAUUUAUAAAAACUCUAAUUAUACAUUUACGAUCUAAGUACAUACAGUUCGUGUGAAAUAGGCCUUACGCGGAUUCGAUCCGAUCCGAUCCGAUCCGAUCCUCCCAGCUGGGCGACCUCCUACGAAACUGCAGCCUACAUUUGGCUUUGAAUUUACAUUGAACACAUUCGAGUACAAUUUCGAAGAUCCAGAACUUAUGUUUACUAUGCUGCAUCAGAUCUAUUUCGCACCAGCUCUUAUAUUAUACAUAUACUAUACAUGUUUUGUGUACGUAACUAUAACACUAGCUUAAACUGACUAAAAUAAUGACUAUGAAGUCUAUCCAUGAUAGACGCGAGUGAGGUAAA